ACUAGUGAAUCUUCUUGUUUUGUGGUAACUAAUAUCAAUUUAUUAUUUUCCUAGAUAAAGCUCUUUGGAAAGUCAGAGAAAUUAAAACUAAACUGGGGCAGAAGUUUCAACAAAUAUUUGAAGGAAUUGGACACCAUGGAAACCAAACUCUCUUAAAUGACAUCUACACAGAGCUCUACAUCAGAGGAGGUGGAAGUGGAGAGGUCAAUAAUGAACAUGAGGUGAGACAUAUCGAGACGGUUUCUAAGGAACAAACCACACAGAAGACAGCAAUCAAAUGCAACAACAUCUUCAAAAGUUUACCUGGACAAAGAAAACGUAUCAGGACUGUGCUGACCAAAGGAAUCGCUGGCAUUGGAAAAACAGUUUCUGUGCAGAAGUUUAUCCUUGAUUGGGCAGAGGGAAAAGCAAAUCAAGAUGUUCAUUUCAUAUUUCCUCUUCCUUUCCGUGACCUUAACCUGAAAAGGGUCAAUACAGUCUGAUGCAACUUCUGCAAUACUACUGCCCAGAUCUGAAAGAUAUUGACAGCAUUCAGUGUGGUGAAAUCAAAACUCUUUUUAUUUUCGACGGUGUGGAUGAGUGUCGACAUCCUCUAGAUUUCCAGAACAAUGAGGACCUGUAUGACAUCACAGAGCCAACCUCAGUGGAUGUGCUGCUGACAAACCUCAUCAAAGGGAAUCUGCUUCCCUCUUCUCAUCUCUGGAUAACCACACGACCAGCAGCAGCCAAUCAGAUACCCUUUAAGUGUGUUGACCAGGUCACAGAAGUAAAAGGUUUCAAUGACCCACAGAAGGAGGAGUACUUCAGGAAGAGAAUCUGUGAUGAGGACCUGGCCAGCAGAAUCAUCACACAGAUGAAGACAUUAAAAGCCUCUGCAUCAUGUGCCACAUGCCAGUCUUCUGUUGGAUAUCAGCCACUGUCCUUGAAACAAUGCUAAAAGAAACAAAGAAUGUUGAAGUCCCCAAAACGCUGACACAGUAGAACACCCACUACCUGCUCAUCCAAACCAGUGUGAAAAACAAAUGUACAACAAAGCCACAGAGACAAACCCUAAGAAACUGUCUGUCAGACAAAGACAUGAACCUUAAACUAGGAAAGCAUGCUUUCCAACAGUUGCAGAAGGGUAACCUUAUCUUCUAUGAGGGAGACCUGACAGAGUGUGGCAUUGAUGUCACAGAGGCAUCAGAGUACUCAGCCUUGUGUACAGAGAUGUUUAAAGAAGAAUCUGGGCUAUACCAAGACAAAGUCUUCAGCUUUGUGCAUCUGAGCAUUCAAGAGUUUCUGGCAGCAGUAUAUGCUUUAGAAUCAUGGCUGGGGAAAUCUGAAAAUGUGUUUCAUGAAUCAUUCAAGUGUGACAAGUUGUCUCACUUACACAUGAGUGCCGUGGACAAAGCCUUGCAGAGUAAGAAUGGACACCUGGACCUGUUCCUUCGAUUCCUUCUGGGCCUCUCACUGGAGUCCAAUCAGAAUCUCUUAAAAGGCCUUCUGACAAAGAGAGGAGGUCAAACACAGAGCAUUGAGGAAACAUUCAAGUACCUUUCAGACAAGAUUAAGAUGGAAUCCUCACCAGAAAGGAUCAACAACUUGUUCCACUGUCUGAAUGAACUUGGGGAUAACUCUGUAGUUGAAGAGAUCCAGACCUCCCUGCGAUCAGGAACUCUUUCAGAAACAAAGCUACAACCUCACCAAUGUUCAGCCCUGGUCUUUGUGUUACAGAUGUCAGAGGAGGUGCUGGAGGAGUUUGACAUGAAUACAUAUAACACAUCAGAGGAAGGUCGUCUAAGGUUGCUGCCAGUAGUGAAAACCUGCAAGAGAGUAUCUCUAGGUCAAUGUGGUCUGACAGAGGGUUGCUGUUCAUAUCUGGCCUCAGUCCUGAAGACACCCAACUCCCAACUUAAACAACUGGAGCUGAGAGACAACAACCUGCAGGACUCAGGAGUUACACUGCUGUGUGCUGCACUGAAGGAUCCAAACUGUAAACUACAGGAACUAGGCCUAAGUCGGUGUGGUAUGACAGAGGGUUGCUGUUCAGAUCUGGCCUCAGUCCUGUGUUCAACCAAAUCACAACUGAAACAACUGGAGCUGAGAGACAAUGACCUGCAGGACUCAGGAGUUACACUGCUUUGUGAUGGACUGGCGGAUCCAAACUGUAAACUACAGAAACUAGGGUAAGUGUGUAUGCGUGUGC